CCCAGGAUGGAAGCUUGUUACUCUCCAGAGCAAUUCAAUGUCUCUUCAUACGGUGCCACAUCUGUGGCCAUCAUCACCUUUGAGGCGUUUGCUGGCAUGUGGAUAAAUGCUUUCAUUGUUUCUGUGAUUUGCAUGUCUUGGUUCAGAAAGAAAACCUUGAACUCUAAUGAGAAGAUCCUGCUGGUUGUUGGAUGCUCCAGGUUUUGUUUUUUGUGCUUCUCGUGGGUAUAUUCCUUUCUCUCAAUCAUUUAUCCCAAUUACUUUUAUGUUCCGCCCACAUAUACUCUAAUUGUAUCAAUUCAGAGCAUUUUUGAGUGUUCAAAUUUGUGGUUUUCAGCCUGUCUUUGUGUCUUUUAUUGUAUAAAAAUUGCCAAUUUCAGGAACAGCUUCUUCAUCUACCUAAAAGUAAAAGUUGACAGGAUGGUGCCCUGGCUCUUGUUGGGGUCAGUGUUUUUCUCCCUGGUUAUUGGAAUCCUUAUCUGUGAUCUCACUAAUAAACAGCACUGUAACAAUUCCACCGGGCAAGGAAAUUUUUCAGAAGUGAGUAUCAGAACGGAGGAACAUUUUUCCCCCACUUUUUUUAUCUAUGGCUUUGAGUUUAUCACUUCAUUUAUGGCAUUCAUCUUUUCUGCCCUUCUGCUUCUCUUUUCCCUCUGGAGACACAAACGCAACAUGCAGUCAAACUCCAUGAAGGACCUCAGCAUGGAUGCCCACAUCAAAGCCAUGAAAUCCAUUCUCUCCUUCUUUGUAACGUACAGCAUCAACUUUGCAUGUUUGAUCUUCAAUAUGGUUUAUGCCACAGAGGAGGAAAGUCCUGUGAAAUUUCUUAAUUAUGUAUUGCUGUACUCUUUUACUGUUAUUCAUUCCCUUAUUCUGAUUAUCAGCAAUCCCAAACUGGAAAAGCCAAUGCUAAGGAUUCUGGCCUGUGUGAAGUGCAAGGUUUGCAUGAGGUAGGAACUGUAGUAAAAGCCAGAG